AUGGCGCCUGCAGGGGGAGAAAGACAAACAGCCCAAGGAAUCACGGGUCAGCACAGGCGCGGGUGCCAGAGAAUCCCCUCCCUGACGGCCCCGCCUCGCACACGAACCUGGACCUGCGGCCGCCGCUCUGGGUCCGCAGCCUCACUGGGGAGCGGCUUCCGGUGCUGCCUGCGUCAUCUCCGCGCGUCCCGCUGCCCCAAGUCGCUCGGCGGAAGCGGUUGCACUUCCGGCCCCGCCCGGAGGGGGAGAUGGGAAGGAAAGGGGUAUUCUGGGACAAAAGCUCAGGUUGAUUGGCAAGAAACCUUAUCUUUAAAGUGUGAGGCACAAAGUACUUUACUGCAGUUGCGGUUAGACUGGAGUGAUCCUGAGAUACAUUUGGACGUUACAGCAUCUGGACCAGUAACUUCCAAAGCUCUAAAAUUGUUCACAAACAAAAUGCAGGUGACAUUCUGCAGACUUCGGACUCACCAGUGGUGCUUCAUCCUGUUUAAUGUCUUACUGUUUCAUGCAUUGCUUUUUGGGGCUGACUUUGUAGAAGAAUAUUUUCUGCAGUCUUUACCUCAUGUAGAUAUGAAAGUUCUUGAAAUUAAGGAUAAGGCAAGAAAAUUGAACAUGGAAUCUCUAAGAAGUAAUCCUUCCAAAUACUAUGUCCUGAGCCAGUCUGAUAUCUGCAAAGGGAAGAACAUUUUUUUGCUGUCUCUUAUUUUCAGCAGCCCAGGAAAUGGAACAAGACGGGACCUCAUUAGGAAAACCUGGGGUAAUGUGACCAGUGUCCAGGGGCACCCCAUUCUCACACUGUUUGCUUUGGGAAUGCCUGUUAUGGUAACCACUCAGAAAGAGAUAGACAAGGAGUCCCAUAAGAAUAAUGAUAUAAUUGAAGGAAACUUCUUGGACAGUUUUGAGAACCAAACCCUGAAGACCAUCACAAUGAUACAGUGGGCUGUGACCUUCUGCUCUAAUGCCCUGUUCAUUCUCAAAGUUGAUGAAGAGAUGUUUGUCAAUCUACCACGCUUGGUAGAGUAUCUUCUCAAUCUGAAAGAAAACCUUGAAAAUAUCUAUGUAGGACGAGUCAUCCAUCAGGAUACACCCAACAGAGACCCUCGUGGUCAAAAAUUUGUCCCUCUUAGUGAGUAUUCAGAAAAAUAUUACCCAGAUUACUGCAGUGGUGAGGCCUUUGUGAUGUCCCAAGAUGUGGCUCGGAUGAUGUAUGUGGUUUUCAAAGAAGUAUCUGUGAUGGUGCCUGCUGAUGUGUUUGUAGGGGUUUGUGCUAAGAUUAUUGGACUUAUACCCAUCCACAGUUCAAGGUUUUCUGGAAAAAGGCACAUCAGAUACAACAGAUGUUGCUAUAAGUUCAUUUUUACAUCCUUAGACACUAUGGAUGCUGAAAUAUCUCUGGCAUGGAUGGAAAUUAAUGAUGGGAAAGAAUGUUCACUGUUUGAGACUUACUAUGGGCUCAUUUCCUGCAAACUUCUGACAUACCUUGACAGCUUUAAACAUUUUCACAUGGGGACUGUAAAAAACAAUGAUAUGUAUCUCAGUAAUUAA